AUGACUGACAGAAGGAGAAUCAAUGGGCCGCCUAGCGGCACGAGGCCACCUGUCUUUGCCUCUUCUCUCAAUGCCGUCCCCGGCGCCGCCACAAGACCCCAGCGUCAACGGCAACCGAAUGAACUGCGGAAGAUCUUCCUGAAAACCGGCCUGAUCCCUUCUGCAUCUGGUUCCGCCUACCUAGAAUUCGAACCAUCACCUUCUCUCGCCGCCGCGCGUUCCAACCCCAAGUCUCUCAUCCCUCCUUCUUCCGCCCUGAAACUCGCCUGUACCGUCCAUGGCCCGAAGCCGCUGCCCCGUUCGGCGACCUUCUCUCCCAACCUCGUCCUGACGACCCACGUGAAGUACGCCCCAUUCGCAGCCCGCCAGAGAAAAGGUCAUAUCCGCGACGCCAGCGAGCGCGAUCUCGGCGUGCACCUCGAGACGGCACUCAGAGGCGUCAUCGUCGCCGAACGGUGGCCCAAGAGCGGCCUCGAUAUCACCAUCACAAUCUUGGAAGCCGAAGAUGACCGCUGGUGGGCCGAUGCACCGGACUCCCACGACGCCGCCUGGGGUAUGAUGAACGUGCUUGCCGGCUGCAUCACGGCGGCUUCGGCCGCCAUUGCCGAUGCUCGCAUUGACUGUCUGGAUCUAGUGGCCGGCGGCGUUGCGGCUGUCGUGUCGGAUGCGCCGGAGGGACCGGACGCAACCCCCAAGCGGUACUUGGCGCGGAUGGUCCCCGCGUGGGACAUGAUGCGUUGA